ACAUCCACCCACCACUCACUAAUCACUAUAUAUUCUCUGCAACUCUCUUUUCGUCCCCAUUAAUCCGAGCAAAGUCUUCUCAUUGUCUAUUCCAUUGCUUAUUUCGAUUUCGAGUUGGAUUCCAAUAUUCCAUCAUCGAUGGCUGAAUCGGAAGUUCCGGAACGCAGGAUUGUGGUAGCGGUGGACGAAGGAGAGGAGAGUAUGUAUGCUCUAUCCUGGUGUCUCAAGAACGUAGUUUCCCGAGAUUCGAAAGAUAACCUCAUCCUCCUUUACGCCAAACCGACUUACUCUGUCUACCCUGCUAUCGACGGAACAGGUUAUAUGUUUUCCUCUGAUGUAAUUGCGUCAAUGGAGAAAUACAGGAGGAAUUUGGCCGAUUGUGUAAUGGAGAAGGCCAAUAACCUCUGCAAGGAUCUUCCUAAUAUUAAGGUGCAGACGAGGGUGGAGAACGGGGACCCGAGGGAUGUGAUAUGCGACGUGGUUGAGAAGAUCAAUGCUGAUUUGUUGGUUAUGGGAACCCAUGGUUAUGGUCUCAUCAAGAGGGCUUUCCUUGGAAGUGUGAGUAAUCACUGCGCGCAAAACGUGAAUUGCCCUGUUUUGAUAGUGAAGAAGCCAAAAUCGGUGGGUACCAUUAGUGCCUGCAAGUGAUCGGAGUUGAGCUUUGUCGGGUUCUGCUCGUCUGUGUAAUUGGUUCUGGGAAAUGGGUAGUUAAUGUAGUGUGUAAACACAAAUCUUUCUGGGAGUUGUGAUCACUUCCCCCCCCCCCCCCCUUUUAGUGUCUGUGUGGUCUAUUUUCCUUGCUUCUCUCUGUUAAUGGAAAAUCUUUCUUGAGUUUUAGAUGUAA